GUCAUAAUCAUUGCUAACCUUACAAAUAUGAGAGUUUCCAUUUUUGCUUUCAGGCAAGAAGCUUUUGGCUUCGCUGCUGACUACCUCACCAGUGUUGGACUCCCAAUCAAGUUAGCCUGAAUGCAAUACGACACCUGCAGUGCAUCUACAAAACCAACAUCUUUCCCCACUUCCCCAGCAAGACAGUUUCGUCCCGUCCAUGACUUGACGUCAAUAUGGCUACUCGAAAUAUGCCGACGGUGACUCUGUCUUCGGGCUUUCGCAUGCCAGUAAUCGGCCUCGGAACAUCUUUCUCUAACACGUCUGAAGCGCCAGAUCCAAUCGAAGUUGAAAAAACAGUAAAACUUGCUCUUGAGAUAGGAUACCGCCAUAUCGACUGCGCUCCAAUUUACCAGAAUGAGGCUGCAGUUGGUCGUGGCAUCAAAGCAUCAGGCAUUCCACGGAAAGACUUGUUUGUCAGUCAGCUUCAGACGUCUCUGACAUAACAUUCUGCAUGGUACAAUCAAUUGGGCAGAUCACAAGUAAGCUUUGGAACACAGAACAUGACCCUGAAGAUGUCGGACCAGCUCUUGACCAAACAUUGCGAGACCUUGGCACUGAUUAUGUGGAUCUUUACUUGGUAUCAUGUUAUUCUCUCUGAAAUCACGAUCACAGACUGACAAAGACCAGAUCCAAUGGCCACAAUCAUAUGUGAAGCAGACUCCUUACACUGCCUUCCCGGAGGAUGAGAACGGGAAUGGAAUUACGACCAAUGUUCCAAUAGCAUCGACGUGGCGGGCGAUGGAAGCUCUCGUCGUCGCUGGGAAAGCAAAAUCUAUUGGUGUCAGUAAUUUCUCCCAACCUGAGCUUGAACAGCUGCUCUUGACGGCCAAAAUUCCUCCCGCUGUGAACCAGAUCCCGGCUACACCUUAUCGACGGAAGGCGGAUAGGAUAGACUGGUGUCGAUCCAAGAACAUGCACGUCACGGCAUGGGGACCCCUUACAAUCGACCGAUCUACCCAAUACAAUGUUGCAAGCGACCCUGUUGCCCAAAGAAUUGCAGCAAGUAUCAAAAUUACGCCUGCUCAACUCAUUCUGAAUUGGGCAAUCCAAAGAGGCACGAGUGUCAUUCCAAAAAGCUCACAAGAAGAGAGGCUUCGGUCAAAUCUCGAAGUUGUUGAGCUCUCGCCCGAGAUAAUAAAGCAGGCUGAGCAGCUUGAGAUAUUACUCUGACGAUAUCCGAGAUGGGGCAGGUUUUGGGAUCACGUUACUACGCAGUUUAUUCUCUCCAAAUGACAAACAAUAGAGUCAGCUGCUUUGACCUGCGUGCAGAAGUGAUUCCAAGGUUUGGCUUAAAACGUGGAAGGUAAGCCGAUCGCUGCUAUUUCCACUUGGAAUGGUAGAGGUGUUUGCCGAGAUGAAUUUGGCAUCGUGAUUCAGAGAAUUUGUAGCUCGAAAUGGAAGUAAAGUUUCAA